AUGGCGUUCCACUUCCACCCUCGCACCUUUUACCACCCCACCGAGUCCUCCUCCACCUCCUUCACGCCUCUCUUCCGCCUCCUCGACGACUUUGACACCUACAGCCGCCAGAACGGCAAGUCAUCAUCUUCAUCAUCGGCAGCACCCCGCCGCCAGCAGCAGCAGCAACAGCAGGUGCAGCUCCCCCAGUGGCAGCCCAAGUUCGACGUCCGCGAGACCGAGACCGCCUACGAGCUGCACGGCGAGCUCCCUGGCGUCGCCAAGGAGGCCGUCCACAUCGAGUUCUCGGAUCCCCAGACGCUGCUCGUGCGCGGCAAGUCGGAGCGCACCUACACGGCCGGCACAUCACCGACUGAAACAACUGCCUCCACUAAGAGCGUGACUGAGAAGGCAGAGGGAGAAGAGGCUUCUUCUUCUUCUUCGCGGAGGAACUCGUACAAGGCUACCGUGGAGGACGAGGACGAGGCCAGCGAGCGCGAGUCAGGCUACGAAGUCGUCACCACGGAGGAGAAGAAGCCUGAAGAGAAGAAGCAGCCCGUCGACAGGGCCAAGUACUGGCUCACGGAGCGCAGCAUCGGCGAGUUUUCGCGCAGCUUCCACUUCCCCACGCUGGUGGACUACGACGGCGUCAGCGCGAGCUUCAGAGACGGCAUCCUGAGCAUUGUCGUGCCCAAGGCGAAGAAGCAUGAGGCUCAUCGCAUCGUGAUCAACUAA